AUGAAGCCGGGAAGGCUGACCGAUGAUACGCCAAACCCGCCAUGCUUAGUUCGUAAAGAUGAAAUUAGCUUUCGGUUUACAUCACAUGGGAUCAAGCAACUGCCACAACAUGCCAUCAAGCAACUCUCCACUUCGUUAUUUCAUACACCGUCAUACAACUUAGUCAUGCAACUUGGUCAUGGCACAUUACCAGGAGAGGACUCUAAGGGCAUCAGCCAAGAACGAGUGUGGAAAGCUUUAGAAUUGCCAAACAAUGUUGGUCUCAUUGAUCUAAACACAUCAUCACACAAGCUCUUGCUUGUCGUGAAUCUUCUUAUUGCAUCUACAAGGAAGGACGCUUAUGGGUAUUCUGGCGAAAAAGGUGACACUGGAUUAUCCGGGAAAAGCGGAUUAAAGGGCGACCCUGGUUCAAGAGGAUCACCCGGUCCAAGAGGUUCCGUAGGUCCUUUUGGUACAAUUGGCGAGACUGGAAAACAAGGAGUGUCGGGCCCACGAGGAGUAACUGGAAAUACCGGACCUCAAGGUCCAGUAGGUCCUUCAGGCUUGCCAGGUCUUAAAGGAGUUCAAGGAAUAAAGGGAGACAAAGGGUACCAAGGACCACAAGGUUUAGCAGGUUUAGAUGGAAAACCGGGCCCGCCCGGACAUCCGGGACCAGACGGUCCUUCCGGGGAGAAAGGAGUCAAUGGUGCUCGAGGCUUUACAGGUCACAAAGGAGAACAAGGUGGUCAAGGAAUACCAGGACCUCAGGUCGACGAGAACACACGAAAUAUAAUGAAAAGAUGUUGUGACCCUGUAACUGGCUUUCAGUCAAUAAUAGAAGAAAUCAUAGAAAAUAUAACUCAAAUAAAAAUUGAUAUGCUGAAUGGUUAUGACAAACCAGCAUUUCAUGUAGGAGGAAGUGGAACUGAAGGAAGAUAUUCGUCUGAUCUCCACCACUUGCGUGUUUCAGUUUUACGUGGGACGUACUUUGCCAAAAUCACAGUUGGCGGUGCUUUUACACGAGAUACUAAUCCCGAAGAUAUAGCAUUGCAGCUCAGCACCACCAAUGGAUUUGCCUAGAUCGCAAUAACUCAUGGAGAUUUAGCCUUGAGUUGUGACUGUCAAUGACUGCAUAUCUUUAUCAAUUUUUGCGCGCCCACGCUUGUAUUGUAUUUCAAGUGCAAAAUCUAUUUUGAGAUAAUCCUUUAACUCUACGUUGUAGAUGUUUUUAUUUCUUGAACUGGAGAUAAAUAUUAAGUUAGUGCAAUUUUAAACAUAUCAA